AUGGGAGAUUCGAUGAUUAACGGACUACCAACAAUCGAAUAUGAUUAUUUAAUUAAAUUUUUAGCACUCGGAGAUUCUGGUGUUGGUAAAACAACCUUUCUCUAUCAGUACACCGAUAGUCAAUUUAAUCCAAAAUUUAUCUCUACCGUUGGCAUUGAUUUCCGAGAAAAAAGAGUUGUCUACAAACCAAAAACAUCACCAAAUGCCAAGCCCUAUAGAAUACAUUUACAAUUGUGGGAUACCGCUGGGCAAGAACGAUUUCGUAGUUUAACAACGGCAUUUUUUCGUGAUGCAAUGGGUUUUAUAUUGAUGUUUGAUUUAACAAACGAAACAUCUUUCUUAAACGUUCGUAAUUGGUUAGAUCAACUCCAAAGUCAUGCCUAUUGUGAUGAUCCAGACGUAAUUUUGGUAGGAAAUAAAGCUGAUAGAGAAGAUGCACGAAUUGUGUCACAAACACGUGCAAAAGAAUUAGCAGAUAAAUACAAGUUACCGUACAUGGAAACAUCAGCAUUUACAGCACACAAUGUUAAAGAAGCAAUUGAAACAUUGUUAGAACGAGUUAUGCAACGAAUGGAAAAAACUAUUGGUAUGCAACAGUACUUGACUUAG